AAAAUCGUAUUCCAUAAUCUAUUUAUCAUCCAAACAGUAUCAAAUUCAUGAAUUGAUGACACUAUGACUGUUGUUAUUCUGAUAGAUGCCCAAUAGUGUUGUAUUUUUCACAGUUUUGCUGUAAUUUCAAAUGAGUUUUUCACUAAAAACGUCCAAGCCAUUUCCCACUUCAAAUAGAUUGGACGUCUAUCGCUGUCAAUGAGUUAACGCACCUUCUAGAUGUCUUUUACCUUUCCUGUGUACUGUCAACAUGUCAACAGUGUCAAACACUGGGCGGAAGUGGCACACAAGACAAGUGUACCUAUAAAAAAAAAUAUAUUUGUUGCGUAAACUGAGUUUAUGUAAACUAGAAUGACUGUAGACAGUAUGGUCAGUUGUUGUUGUUUACGUUUUACCUUCCAUUGCUCAAAAGUGUUGCUUCGUCGUCUGGAAUAAAGUUUGACAGUAGGUCCGCGACGCGUCGUUUCUGCGAACAAAAAAGUCGUAAUAAUGCAUUCUAUAAGUUGAGUUUGUUAUUGUUGUAUUUACGUUGAAUUCAAGUAACGCUUCUGCUAGCAUUAGCUAUCUUAGCAUCUUGCAUUAUGUAUCGAUUGACAAAAAAACACGCUAUAAUAAUAACGACUUACCUUGAGGAUAUUUAGUUGACUCUUAUCGUCGCCUUCGCGUUUAAAAGACAUAAUUAUUUUGUAAAGCAAAGCAAAACGUUUAGCAUCUCCACAGAUUCAAAUUUGAUACUAUCCGGCGAGAAUCAUGUGACAUUCAAAGUCACUGUAACAUUAGAAUUACUGUUUUAAAAAGUACAUUUUUUUACUGGAUAGUAGAUACCUACGAAUUACAACAGAAAUUUCUUUAAAUAUAUCACUGAUUAAAUGUUUUCCUUCGAAAGUGUUUAUACUUUAAGGCCGUCAUUUAAUUCAUACUAAAUAAACAGCAACGUGUGCUAGUGAAGGCAUCAUGCGCAACGCAUCAUGGGAACUCCUGUCAACAUUAGCUGAUGCUAAGAUUAUUCUACAAAAAAUAACAUUAGCGCUAUAAUGUAGCGAGGCAAUAUGAGGAUAUUCAAUGAAAUUUGCCUUGAUAGUUUUCCCCCCCCUCUUUUAAAUAAAUGACUUUAUCGUGAAUGCAGUUUUUUUGAAGUUUUUGAACUUUUGAAGCCGAGUUUAGCCUUUUUGUUAGCGGUCGGGCAGACGAGUAAUGUGGCGUUUAAGGUAAGAGUAAAUUUUGCUUUUCAAUAUCGGAAACUUUAUCACCAUGUGACUAACCUUCAAAUAUAUUUGAUAUUAGUGAAAAGAUCAAUAUCGGAAACUUUAUCACCAAGUGAAUAACCUUCAAAUAUAUUUUAUAUUAGUGAAAAGAAUUGUUUAAUCAAAAUUUCAAUGUUUAAAAAUGACUGACGUUAUUGUACAGCCACAAAAGUGGUACAUAUACCAUGUAGUUCCGAGUGUACCCAAAUGCAUCACACCCUAUUGAUCAUAGGAGCUGUCACUCACACGGCAUCCAUGGCAACAUAUGUCAGCGGGAAGGAUUCGGCUGAAAGGCAGCUCCACUUUGUCUCAGUCGCGACAACUUUUUACCACUUCGUCACUCUUUUUACAUCUUAAUGGCAACACUUGUACCGUGUAGGUGAAUUCAGCGAGUCACUGAAGCUACGUUUCCCGUCUGUGGAGAGCUCAAUGCCGGUUAAGCUGUUUAUUUGAUAAGACACAACAGACAAACAACCGAAUUGUCGCGCUUGUCAGUACAGGGCAGCCAUGUUUGCUAACCUACGAUACCGGGAAAGUUGACUUGAUUUCGUCCUGACUUCCUCUUCAUGUCCGCGGGGAAAGUGCCCGCGGACGCAGCCGGAGGAAGCGGCCUGUUGCGGGGCGGUCGCGGGAGUAGGUCGUAUGGCAGCCUGGUCCGGUCCAAUCUGUCCCCGGUCCGACGGAGACACAUCGAACAUCGGACACAGCCCGGUGAAACCCUCCAGGGGCUUGCCCUGAAAUAUGGAGUCACUAUGGAACAGAUCAAACGAGUCAACCGUCUGUACACCAAUGACUCCAUCUUCCUCAAGAAAUUCUUGUCCAUCCCUUUGCCGUCGCACUUGGAUACGCACACUGGCGCUACAGAUGCUGACGUUGAGGACGACGACGAGGAAGAAAAAGGACCUCGUUUGGGCGGCGUUGAGGUCAACAAAAGCCAGGCGGUGAUUCCCACUUGCGUUGGCAAAGAUGUGACGGCGGGGGAUUUCUUGAGCCGACUGGACGGCUUUAUUAGCGAGUCAAAGAGGGCGGCUGCUAGAAGAUGGCAAGACGCCGAGAAAAGGCUUGCCGACCUGGAGGCGGUUUGCUCCACCAGGACCGAGGACCGUCCACGUCCGCCUCCGGGGAGACGCCGCCGAUCUGCCGCCGGCGGGGAGCCUCCCAAUGCCGCCGCCGUGCCGCUCACCACCACUAAGCUUACCAUGCGACUGAAGGAGCGAGAGGACGACAUCUUCGAGCUGUGAAGGAACAACACUAACGUAGCAGCACACUGAACUUCGGUAUGCUUUCAUACUUUUUUUUUUUUUUUAACACUAUUUAAUCCACUGCUAAAGGUGCAUAUGAACCGUGUGUGACAAGUCACAUGUCGGCGGCAGUCAUGAGACUCUUCGCCAACAUGGAACAAUAGGCAAUAUUGUACUAAAGCUAUUAACUUAUUCACUACAGCAAAUGUCAUUUUGAUAAAAACCCACAUGAUAGUCAUUUAUGUAAGAGGAAUAAGCUUAAUUCAUUUAUGUAUGUUGCUUUUGUAAUGAAAAGUUUUGUGGACAACAACUCUUGUAGUUGUUUUUAUUUCUUAUGGAAGGAACUAUAUCACUUAUUUUUGUAUGUGAGUACUAGUCCCCUAAUUUGGAGGAUCUGCCGAUUCCGGAUCCGAUACCUUGGAAUCGUAUUAUGUUGAACAAAGCUUUCGGGGUCAUAAAUUUUCCGCACUAUAAGGCACACCAAGAAGCCUUAAAUUUUCUCAAACCAGACAGUGCACCUUAUAAUCUGAUGCACCUUAUAUGUGUGUAUCAAUAUUGGUUGAUCAUGGCAUGACAUUCCCUUUAGCGCAGCACUAUCUAAUGGAUGAAAAACGCAACCACAACUACUACUGUACUGAAGAAAAAAAAAACUGGUGGAUUUACUUGAUAAAAUCAUGGUAACAAUUUGCACUUACUUCUGUUAAGUAAAUUUUACUGCUUGCAAUAUUAAGUUCAAUUCACAUGCAGCAAAAUUUUACUGCUUGCAAUAUUAAGUUCAAUUCACAAGCAGUAAAAUUUACUUAGUAAAAGCAAGUGCAAAUUGUUGAUGACAUCAAGUAAAUCCACCAGUUUUUUUUUUUCAGUGUACUACUACUACUACUACUACUACGCCUUAUAAUGCUGUGCACCCUAUAUAUGAAAACAGCUUUAAAAUUGGCCAUUCAUUGAAAGUGCGCCUUAUACUCCGAUGUGCCUUAUAGUACGGAAAAUACGGCCAAUAUCUUGUUUGACAUGAUUAUAUAAA